AUGAGUGAACGUCAGGCAAUUCCUGAGCGCCCUCCAGCAUCAAACAGCCCCUCUGUAACUCGUUUUAUUCGCUACGAACAUCUCGUGGCUGGCGUGUCAGGAGGCGUUACUUCGACUCUCGUUCUGCAUCCGUUGGAUCUGAUAAAAAUUAGGUUUCAAGGUAAGGUGCAAUGAAUCAGUUGGUUGUUUUUAACGUGCAAAUGUAUUGCAAUUUUAAAUGCAAUGCUAUGCAACUGGCAUGAAUGUCGAAUCUAGGUUGUAUAAACACUUCACGACAGACAUAAUUUUCUCCUAAAAGGUCACCUUGAGUUGGGUCAUCCCUUUCUUUAAGAUGGAGGUGAUAAGCUUGACUCUUGUCUUACACUGACGCACAUGGAAUCCAUUCCAACUGUUAUUGCAAUUAUUAUAAUGUAGCUUCAUUUAUCACAUUUUCCCAAAAAUUAAAAUAUAAACAAUCUCCAUCCUGAACAUGGUAACACUCAAAAGUAUUAGUAGCCUGCGUAGCAAGCGUUUCCGCACGAGUUCAUUGAGAAAAGUUGGGACGAGAGCAAAAAAAAGGAAUGACAGGGGAGGGGGAGGGGAAAGAAGGAAACUCUUGCCCGCAAACCCCACGAUUUUGAAAAACUGCGUUCGCCCACGAACGCAGCUUCUGAUUGGUGCGGUGCUGGUAGUGUUGAUUACUUAGCACUCGAAACAUCAAUCAAACCAGGUAUGCUUUGUUUACGUGCGCCACAGAUCUGGUCUUAUCUGAUUUGUGGUCACAGAUUACAAUUGCUUUGGACUGAAUUUUAUUUGAUUCGCGUUUGUGCGAAGGUUUAUGAGAUCAGAUUUGUUAUAGUAUAAUAGGAGAUCAAGCAGUGGACACUAGUGAAGGCCAAUUUAUUGGGAAUGACGUCGUGGGGAUCUGGCUGGAAAAAAUAGUCUGUUUGAUGGAGAUAACAUAAACGUAAAUCACAACAUCGGUUCUCGACAUUAGCUUAAGCUGCCAUGGACAUGCGAUUUGUCAGCUUUUUGAAAUGAAAAGAUUCUUUUUGUUUAUUGGAAAUUUAGCAGCAUGUAUUGUAGAGAACGUUUCGACAUGGGCUGAAGAGCAGCCGCUCUGCAAAACUUAUGGCCGGCGGAGUGAAUUGUUCCGGACAAAUCAUUUUUGACGUUUCGACAAGGUGAGAUAAAGCCACACAUUAAAAAACAAGAAAUUCUGCAAUAAUCGCUCAGAGUUUUAACCUUCUGUUAUCAUAAACCUUCUUUUAUUACAGUUUUUGCAAUCGCCUGGAACGUGUUCUAUUGGAGAACAAAGUAAUUUUACAAAUCUGGUAAUCCAGGGGUAAUCUGUUCGUUAUACUUUUAUUUUGACGAGCUGUCAAUUUACAAAUGAAACGAACCUUGAAAUUUCAAGGGGCGUUUUCCAGAAUCGUGAGGCUUGCCUGCAAGCGUUUCCUAUUCUCCCCUCCCCCUCCCCCUUCAACCUAUUUUUUUGCUGCCGCUCUACCUUUCGUGCAAUAACUCGACUGGAAACGCUUGCUACGCAGGCUAAAGUAUUAGCUACCACCCUCUCGCGAAACGAGAGUCUCAUCUUGGCUCUCGUCUCUCGAGUCGAGAGUCUUGUCUCCCAAGGCAAAAGUCUUGUCUCUUGAGUCGAGACUCUCGUUUGUCUUGCAAGAGGGUUGAAAACCUGUAAGUAUCAAAGGGUCUUGGGAAUGUUGAUGGACUUAAGGAUGAAAUUAAUCCUGUGUUCUGCUUUUCUGAUCAUGUCAUGCAUUAGACCUCUGAUUCAUGACAUAAACUUUGAUGAAAGAAUGCGGUUGUCUUGUACACUUUUACUUGGACCUUUUUAUGGCAAAAACAGUAUUGAAACUUUUCAAAGUGAGUUUGUUUGUUUUAUAAAAACUGAUCAAACUGAGUCUCAAAACACCUCAUAAGAUACUAACAAUUAUGCUACUUUAAAACGUAAACAAGGAGAAAUCAACCAAAUGAAUGACUGUAUUAAAUGCUUCAGCAUGUACUUUCUAGUAAUGCAGGAACAAUCCAAGAGUUCUUCACUCCCUUCUAUCGAUCAAUAGGAGGGGUCAAAAUUUCUAUUGGCUUUUAUGAGAUACAAUGUAAAUUAAUACAUAAAGGAAAAUGUCGACAAUGUUGGAUUGGUCAUUCUUUUAGCCAUCUUUCUACGGGUUUGAAAGCAAACAAAGUGAUGAAACAAAUGGCUUUCCCUUGGGUCAAGAGAAUGUUAUCAAAAUAAAGAGUGAACAAAUAGUUGCCGUAAUCUCCGAAUGAAUUUGGAAAUACCAAAAACUUUCCUCAGAUCCAAAUGUCAUAAAGGCCGGAAAGUAAACUUCAAAAUGCAAACAUCAAUUAUUGCAAGGCAAUGAAAACAGACCAAUGGAUCUGGUGUCAUCAAUGUUCAUUUCAAACCGACUCAGGGCAUGCAAAACAUAUCCACAAUGCAAGCUUCGAGAAUCGCUUGCUGUUUGGGCCUAUAAUGCAAAGCAAUGAGACCAUUUGAACCUCUCAUGAUUAUGUCAAGAGCUGCAGGUUUAGAGAUGUGUGAUUCCAGAAAAUAUCCAUACCCCCCCCUUACACAUAGCGUAGUGGCAAGACAGGGUUUGGUGUUGGGCGAGUAAGAGACAAUAUAGAUAAGUAUUUGCACGCCAUCUUUUUUUCGCAAGGGGGCGUGUGAUAGGGGGGGGGUGUUCCAAAAAAACCCCACCCCCCCCCCCCCCCCCCCACGGGUCUUUAAGUCUUUAAAUAAAUAUCAACCUUAGAGCAAAUCAAUCGCAAUCUCGGUGCAAUUCUCAACAGGUCCAUUGCUUCUCCUGGAAUAAAUUUUAGCGCAUCGAUUAAUAAUAAUUUCUUUAUGUCAAACAUGUAUCUAGAUUGCAGAUAGUCUGAUAAAAACUUACGUGUAGGCUAAUCGAGAACAAAUGUCGUCUAUCUCGGCGCUAUAUUUCUCGAGCUUUGUGUAAACAAUUAAAUGCAAAUUUCUGUUGACAUUCAGUGAGCUCAUCGCGACAAAGCAGUUGCGUGACGACCCAAAUCAGACCUUUGCUUGGUUUUAUUAUUGACUAACUAUAAAUAGAGUACAGUUGAAGGCAAGCUGUUUGUUCAAAAGACUUCUAGCCUUUACACACACAUUGUUUUAUUUUUCUUAUCGUUCUCUUCGAAAACAUCGGGGAGCUCGGGAGUGCGCUAGGUUGAGCGCGGAACAUGAGAAAGAAAAAUAAAGAACGACUAUUUUCUUAUUCCUUCACCACUACCCCCUUGCACUGGCAGUCAAUAAAUCCCUUGCGGGUUUAUAAUUUAUCACCUACGCUCGAUGGACUUUGAAGAGGAAAUAGAGGGUCUGUGAACAGGCUAACAGACUUCUCGCCAAAUCAACUUUCGCCCGAAAAUAUUAACUAUCUGUUUCUUCUUUGUGGAGGAGACUUUCGACCACGUGCUAGGUAACAAAAUAGAUCUUGUUUCACUGAUGUUCAUUUCUGAACAUGAAUCGAAGCAAAUAUGGGACGCAAAAUGAAUGUUUGCAUAUUUUGUUCUUUCAUAACCCAAAUAGGUUUUUUGUUAUUCCUGAAAUUUAUAUAACUGCAAGUGUAAUUCAUUCAAAGUUAAACUUAACUACAAACAUCGAGAAAUCGACUUUUGGUGACUUUAGGAGCUGAGGCCGAACAUUUAACGAUAAACUUUGUGUGUAAGUUAGUUGCCUAGUGGAUCUGUUUUGAAAUUCGAAUAUCUUCACAUAGUUUAAUGUUAAAUUAAUAGUUAACUUCAAAGUUAUGCUGUAAAUGUUGCAUUUUAGAUGAAACUGACUUAGACAAGACAUGUACAUAGUGAAACUUAAUUACAGUACCAGAAAUCAACUUUGUCUAACUUUGUCUGUAAGUAGAUUCAUUUUAAAAUUCGAAAAAUAAUGUUCACAUAGUUUUAUUUCAAUGAAUAAUUCAAAUUUAAAGUUAUGUUCAUCUCAAGAAAACAUUUAAUGUUUUCUUGAGAUGACAUGAACAAGUUAAUAAUAUUAAUCUCUGUUUUCGUGCCUCGCGCGUUUCGCUGGAGAGACUAAUAAAACAGAGAGACUGCGGAUAGUCUAUAAAGCAUCCUAUAACUGCAUAAGAAAUAGGUAUUGCCCUUGUGUCUUAAGAUAAGAACAGUUAAUUUUAAGCAGUACACGGUCGAUAAUCUCUAAAUGCGGCAAAUUCAGACCAUUUCAAAAGGAAAAUAGGAAAUUCCUGGGGGGUGGGGGGGGGGGGUCUAAUAAUUGGAAGAACCAUCCAUUGGGGGGGGGGGGGGGGGGUAUGGAAUUUUUUCGGAAUCACACAAUUUGCAUUUGCAGAGACGCAAAUUUUUGUUUGAUUGGUAACAACUUUUACAUGUAACUUGACACGUGCAAUUUUUUUGCCUUGGAUUUUUGCUGACUUUAAGACGGACCAAAUUAGUUUAAAGAAGUUUAAAUUGUUUGUAAACGAGAAAUAUUCCCAGACUGUUUAAAACUUUACUUCAGUUUCAAGCUCAAUCGCGACAGCGCUUUGACAAGAGAGUUUCGUUGUCAUUUUCGUUCUCAGUCCUGGAGAUGUCGAGCUUCCCUAACAUAUUCCAAAAUUAAUACUUAAGUAAUUCUCAUGAGAUGAUUCUUUUGUCUUUCGAGACAAGACACUUGUCUUUAGAGAUGAGACGCUCAUCUCAUGAGAAGUGAAACUAGACUAGUAACUUACUUUUAAUUUGAGCGGUACUGUACAUAUACAUACUCCAGAUUUCCUUCUCAUAGGACCAAAGACUCAUACCUCUACAUGUAAACAUACUCCAGAUUUCCUUCUCAUAGGAGAACCAAAGACUCAUACCUGUACAUGUGAUGGGUUUUUCAAAAACAAAUCCCCCUAAUUUUUGGCGGCCAUUGCAACCGUUGCUUUUGAGAUAAUUAUACAGCCAUAGUACAGUAUAUGAGAUGUACAAGUUACAAAAUUUUAAUAAUUUAUGCUCUUUCAGUUCCUGCUAACGUGAUUAUUCCAAAGUUAAGCCUUUCGGGAUUAAUUUAUUUAUAGAAAGUUGAUCAGGUGACCAACUAUUCACAAGGCCUAUGAUGAGCUAGAAAAUAGAAACAUGAUGGACUUAGAAAGAGAGGAAGAUAACAGGUCUUGUACAGCUGUACUUCCCCAAUCUGUGGUUCACAUCAUCUUCAUUAGAAUUAUGUUUCUUUUCAUUAAAUUAACAAUUAAUAAAUGAGGCUGAGUAUCUUAUAAAGAAUUUUGUGGAUCGAGGAGGGUUGGCUGAGGCGGAUAACACCCUCUGAGACCUCCAUAAUUCUUCAUGUGAUACGAAAGCUGAAUUCAAUGAAUGCUUUAUUAUUCAUUAAAAGUAAUUCCUAGUUUAAAAACAUAGCUGAAACAUGCUUACCUCCAUCGAUCUUAAGUUCAUCUUGGAUAGUGCACGUUUAGGGUUGUUCAGCUCGGCAAAUAUUCUCUAAAUAGCAGAUGUUGCCCUUAGAGUUGCUUUCUUGCUGUUCUUACAUGCACCAUGUUUUUAGCCAUUAUUUCACCUAGUUCUUAAUCUUGAAACGAGAGAAAUGUCCACCAUUUUUGUUUUCACAACCAAAACAACUCAACCUAGUCCCCAGGUCUUCUCUAUUAAUGGUGCAUUAACCUGCAAGAAAGCUGUACUUUUGACGUGAUCGGUUGAUUGAUUGCAAAAUUCUUCCAAAUUUGGUCAUCAGUAGCUGGUUAUGGUAAAUUAUGCGUGUGCCUUUAGCCAAUCAGAAUGGGGGAAAUAUUUUGAAUGAAUAAUAAUAUGGGUUAAUCAAAAAACCUAAAAAUGACCUUUUACCAAAUUUGUCACCUGAUUUUACAUGAAAUAGACAGAUUUGGUUGUUUUAUGCUGAAAAGUGGAUUUUUUUUUUUCAAAAAGCUUGGUACUUUGCUUCAGGUGAACUGCUCCCAAUGUACAGGUACUGUGUUGAGUACUGCAGCACUAAGACGGCCAAGAAUUUGGAUCCUUUUGAAGUCCUUACAAUUCUUGGGCUUAAUUUGCUGUUAAUCCCUAUCUGCAUGUAGAAAACACAAUAAUAAUUAUUUUAAUACAUUUAAUGUGACUGUUUCAUUUUUUUAUCUGAAUGUUUUCAUUAAUAUUAUUAGUUAAUGAUGGCAGUGGGAAGUUGCCAGCAUACAGAGGUUUAGUUGAUGCAGUGCAGUCCAUUGUCAGAACUGGGGGUUUAAAGGGGUUAUACCAGGUUAGUAAAUUUUAUAGUAAAAACAACCCUGUGGUUGGAGACUGGUUUGUUUGUUUUGAUUCAUCAUGAAAAAAUACAGAUUUUUUAAUACUUUUCUGAAGUUGGUAAGCUUACAUGUAGCCGUGAAUUCAGCAAGGAAGAAUCGUUUUCAUUUUGGGAAUUUUGAACAAUCAUUCCAUAAUUAUGCAACUGUUAAGGGUUAACUUUACACUGUAUUAUUAGUUACACAACAAAACACCAGCAUGCAACAACAUGGUCAGUGAAGGUCACCACACCUUGUGCCCCCUUCCGGUCAUGCUUUUGCUAUUGUCCAUUCUCUCUGUGCAAUCCAAAUAGAGAAGACUUCAGACAAGUUAGUUCCCAAAGUACAACAGUGAAGACUUAAUCUACCAAUAAACAAAGUUUUUGACAAAAAAAGCUAUAAGAUUAUCAGCUAACCUAUUUAGCUCACCUUUCUUUUCUUUUCUUUUUUUAAAUGAUAAUGAGUACAAGUUAUUUUUUUUAUGAAUUCCAGGGUGUGACUCCGAAUGUAUGGGGUAAUGGCUCUGCAUGGGGACUGUACUUUUUCAGGUAAUUUAUUAGAAUAGGCAACAAAACAAUAUUUUGUGCAAAAUUCUUUAUUUUGAACCUUCAUUAGAUUUAUGUACAUAUUUAACUGCACAUUACUGGGUAUAUGCAAAUUGAGCAGCGAGGAGGUUCUUUUCUUUCCAUUUUCUUCUUCCCUAUCUGUUUGAGUUCCUACUGCUCCUGUUUUCUUCUCUGUUAAAUUUGUACAUUUGUAUACUUCAGUAGCAAGGGCAAAAACCCAGCACUUGGGAUCCCGGCCAAGGUGGAAACAAGCAUGGAUUGAAACGACAGAACCUUCUCGUUAGUUUUUAAGGCCGUGGUUUUAAAGAGCGUUUAAACUAGGUUUGUUUUUGUUAUGAGGUUUUGCUGUUUGUGUAAAAAAGAAUUUUUAAAGGCAUGAGCCAAGAAGCUAUUUUGUGCCAUGCAUCAGUUCUUAUUUAUUUUUAAAUAGUUUUUGGUUUCUUCAUACAGUUAUAACAUUUUAAAAGCUUGGAUGCAGAAGGACUCAGAUAAGCCUCUUGGAGCAGAGAAGCAUCUUCUUGCUGGGGCUAUAGCAGGUACAUUUAACACAACUCUCGCACCACAAUUAGUGCAAAACUUCGCCGUCCGCGUAUUAACAGAUACUAAAAAGUUUAAUCACGUCUCCUGUUCUUUGGGAAUUAGGGUGGCCCAUCAAAGAUCAGCUAUUAGUCCGUGAUACUACCCAAGUACACAAAAUUGUUAAUAGCCUCGCUCCGUUGUACUUGAGUAGUAAACUCAGUAAGCGAUCAAGAGUUUUUUUUUCCUUUUUUUUCUUUUUUUAUAUAUAAUUAUAUAUAAAUAUUAAUUAGUUAGAGCUGAUAGUAUUUUAAUUUGGUGUCCCCUAUUAGUAGCCUUACAUGGCCAGCUAGAAGGCUUGACACUGAAAUAAAGUUUAUCAUUAUCAUCAUCAUCAUCGGGCGUACACUACUACCACAUGAGGAAAAGGGACAAUCUAAAUCUCCCUCUUUGCAGAACAGAUACUGCGCAACGGUCAUUUUACUAUCGCGCUGUAAGUGCCUGGAACUCUCUGACUGCAGACACUAGAAAAUAAUAGUCCGUCACUGUGUGCCUUUAAGAAGAGCGAAUCGCGGGAGCAGACCCCAUACGUUAAACAGUUAAUAUUUGGUUUAGUUUAGAUCUCCAACGAGAUAACGUAAAUGUAAUCGCAUAGUUUAGGCUUUUAGUUCUGUACUAAGAUUGUAAUCAAUUUAAGCUUUUUCUUCUUAUCCCCUUCAUUUUAGCAUUUGUAAAUGAACUUCAGAAUAGUCCUUUGGGAGAGCUAAUAAAAUUUAUUGUAUUGCAUUGUAUUAUGUAAUUAUCUAACAGGAAUCAAGUUCAAACCAAACUCCUCUGCCCCCUUACACAGUGUCAUCCCCAAUUGUCUGUCCGUGAUGAUUUAUACACAGGGUUGAGAGGAUUGGGUGACACCCGGUAUCCAUCAUUCUUAUAAGUUAAGUUGAUGUAUUUUCCUCCCUUUUAGGAACUGGAACACUAACAGUGACAAAUCCAAUAUGGGUUAUCAAGACUCGCCUCUGUCUUCAGUACACUGGUUCACCGGCUGCCGUUACUCAAGCACCGCAAUACAAAGGGAUGAUUGGUAAGAAAGAAGGAAACUUGGCCAACUUAACUUUCGCAAAGACUUCUGGGACUGUUACCAGGGACAGGAAAAAAAAUUGGCCAAUAGCUGACUGGCGCGUCCCCAGUAACAAUCCCAGAAACACUUGCGGGACGCAUUUCGGCUCCAGUUCUCUGGUCGUUUCUAAAGUGGUGAAUGGGCAAACCGGUCGGUUCACGGGUUGGGUGAAUGGUUUGAAAAAUUCAGACCCAGUAAAUUUCAUUCCGGAAUGGGGUUUACUAUUUGUUUUACAAAUCAGUUCCACUUACCGAAAAACAGCCGCGAAGGCCUGAAACUGGUAUCAAAGAUAAGUAUUAACAAAUGGAGCACGAAUCUCCGUUUGGGUAGAUUGCGAGCAGUCUCUUAUUUUUCUUUGCAAAGUUUAUUGUAAUAAUAACGUCGUGGUUUGCAAUCGCGCUGGAUGAGAUAAGAACUAGACGGAUUUUAGGAGAAAAGGCGGACUGCAAGCAGUCUACUGUUUGGAAUAUUUCGUCCCGGAAAAACAGGGCCACCUUUUCAAAUGUUCCGUUGCUCCCGGGAAUUUUCCAAUAAGGGAACAUGGAAAGCCGUUUUCCAUUUACUUGUUGUAGUGGUAAAAUAACGAGUUCCUCCUAUUACAGUUAUUUGUCUGACACAAUGUCUGUGUGACCUUGAUUUACAGAGACAUAGAUCCUACAUGUAUUUGUGUUUAUUAUAAAAUCAUUUCGUAAUUCUUACUUUUUAGAUGCCCUUUUUAAACUUUGGAGACACGAGGGACUCCGAGGAUUAUACAAAGUAAGUUUGCCAUGCUAAGUAAUGUUGCUUGACAUAAACGGCGUCCUCAGUAUUACGACAUUUACGCAAUCACGGUGAUUAGGGCAACAAGAACCUUUAAAAACAAUUAGUGGUUUUAUGGCGGAAAAAGCAACAACUCUGCACAGUUUCUUGAACAUGUAUUUGCAGCAACCGCACGACUACGACGUGAAAAUUGCCUAAUUUCACGUUUUGUGGGGGUCGUAAACGAGCGAUGACGAUUUUCUUUUUUCUGUCAGAUAGCGCUAUCCACCAGAUAAAUCAUUAUCCAGUAAAUGAGUGUGAGGAAAACUAAUUACGCCAUCUAGUGGGUAAGGAUUUUUCUGGUGGAUAGCGUUAUCAACCUUAGGAAAAUAAGCUGGGGCCUGGUGGAUAGCGUUAUCAACCUUAGGAAAAGAAACUGGGGCCUGGUGGAUAGCGUUAUCAACUUUUUGAGCAACUAGAGCCUGACUCAAUGCAAAUGGUACAAAUUACAAAAUUAGCCCACUUGAAAUGUUUAAUCGCAAUGGAAUGUCUGCUACAUGUACUCUGUAUUUUGUUCAAUAGGGUUACGUCCCCGGACUGUUUGGUGUGUCACAUGGUGCUCUCCAGUUCAUGGCUUAUGAAGAACUUAAGAAAGGCUACAGCCAUUACUUUGGUACACCAAUCAAUAAAAAAUUGGUAAGUUAACAAGUCAGUCUUAAGUGGUUGUUCACAUUGAUCAUAACUUAAGUUUCGUUCACGAGCAAGGAUGCUCACUUCUCAGUACAGAAACUAUAGAUUUCAUUAUUACAACAGGAUGUGAUUGUAUAAUUACUUAGCAUACUGUUUUUGCAUUCUCUGCUUGAGAGGGUAUUUCUGUUUGUUGCUGCUUAUUUUAAGAAUGUGAAGAUCUAGCAGUUUGCUAAGAAAAGUGAUACCGACCUAAUAUAAGCUAUAUACUGUUAAAUUGCACGGCUUAGUUUGCACAGGGUACGGCUGUUGACCCCUUUCUUGGAGUGAAACAGAGUAAGCUUUUCCUCUCUAAAACAAGGCUCUUGGAUAUGUUGUGCUUCUUUCUAUCACUCGUCUCUUGAAAGCUGACGUAAGGCAGGACAAAUCACGUUUUUUGGUCUGACGUAGGGUUAGGCUUUCAGGAAGCAUGCUGCACACCCCCACCGUAAUUUUCAAAAGUACCCCCUCCCCCGCUGGACCAGUACUAUUGUUUUCCGUAAAAGGCGCAUCAUCACGAGAAAAAUUGUGGAGGUUUACUCGCUGAUGUAUAUGAUACGUGUAACCUUUGAACACCAAGAGCAUGAUUUCGUAGAAAUUCAUUCUCCAACUACAGCUGUAAGGCACGAACAAACCACAAUCAAUGAUUUCUAAUUGAUUUUCCUCAAAUAGCACAGCUAAAUUUGAAAACAUUGGUCCCCUCUUUACCGACCAGUCAACUUAAAAGCCUGAGAGUCCUAAGUAUUGAUUCUGGCAUAUGCCUGGAUAGGCUACCAGCAGUCUUUCUCUGCCAGAAUUAAUGGAGCUGUUCACUUAUAGUAACAGGUCAUUGAAUAAUAAGAAAACUGCUAAAGCCUUUCUUCAAGGUGUGAGCAAACCACAGUCAAUCGUUUUUGAGUCCUGUCAAACUAAAAACAUCGGCCCAGCCUUUUGAAAUUUUCCUUCUAUCUCAACCUAUCUUUAGCUUAAGACGCACCUGUUGGGGAACUUUGUGUUUAUACGAGAAAGUGGGCUGACCCGCUUGCUGAGAUCUCGGCUCGAGCAACCAGGAUCUCGGCCUCGUCCUCUCAUAUGUAUUUAGCUUAACAGUUAGCUAAUUGGGGGCACUUUCCUACGUGCUGACACACUAAUCUAUUAAAUGAUUUUUAAAUUAAUCAUCUUACCUAAAAUCUAAAACUAUAUACAAAUGUCCACGACUCAAAAAUUUACACAGGUCACGGCACGAACUUCUCCGGAUUACAUGUAGCAAGUAGAAAGUUGUUCUUAUACCAAGACGACGCUAAAACAGAGCCUUAGUAUGCAUUGUUUCUUCCUCCUUCUAGAGUUCAACAGAGUACUUGAUAAUGGCAUCAUUAUCAAAGAUCUUCGCUGCCACGGCCACCUAUCCGUAUCAAGUAGUCAGAUCAAGACUACAGGUAAAUAGACCUCCUACUUAUCUCUCAGUGUAAGGUUCUGUCCGCAAGAUUAAUUCCAACAGGCACUUUUCAGGUAGUGAUUCACGUGGUACAAAACCGCCAUGCUGGAGAGAAAGGGACGUACUGAGACAAGACAAACAAAAGGCUCACUAGACUUUCUGAAUUCCGUUUCCGGUAUCUGCUUGUUCGGUGGUCAGUUGGCGCUCGUCUUGCGAUUUCUCUUUCGCUCGCUUCGCGCAGUGGACUUGUGGCAAGUCUAAAUGCUCACGUCAUUUAAAAUCGUAAUUCCCUUUGUUUGUCUUUUCCCAGUGCGAUUCUUGCUCGCUAGCAUUACGUUUUUUUUUUGUAUCACUUGAAUGGCUAGCUGCAAAGGGCCUAUUAUUAAGUUAUGAACGCAUAUAAACUUACAGCUGUUUUUCCCUAGCGACGGAGUCCGGGUUGAAGUCGUAAGAGCAGUCGUUAAAACGCUUACAACCCAUCAAAACUCGGAUUCGUAAGCAGAGUCAAACGCGCGAGGGAGUUGUAAUCAGGACGUUACCGUUUUGUUCCGACUCUACCUACUAUGACAGCAGCAUGCCCAGCCACCCUUUGUUUCCUACUCUUUCCGAAACAAAAGAAAGCUCUGUGCGCCUGCGAGUUCCAAGUAGCCAACUCCAUAGGGGUUACUACUACUCUUUAUUAAAAACAACGUAGCAAUCUAACGUUAAGUUCUUUUUUUAAUGCUUAUGUUAUUAUUGUAUACAGAAUUUAAAGUUUUGUACUCUUUUAGCUUUUUAAUUGAUUUUAAAUUUUGCAAAAUGUAAGUUUUAUAUUAGUUUAUCUUGAAUGUAUUUUUGCUUAAACAAAUACUAGAGACUAAAGACUUUUAAAAUACACCGUUGCUCACGAUCUAAUGCGAGAAACUAGAUUGUCCGAAGAUUUUAAAAUCUUUAAAAUGCGUUUUUAUUCACCUUGAAACGGGUAGUUGUGGAGCAAGUGUCAAGAAAAAGCUCAUCCAAGUAAUUUUUUUUAAAUACAAAGUAAAAAAAAAUUCAGUUCUUAAAGCUCCCUCUUCUUUUUAUAUAGUUUUAAGCUAGUUUAUUCAUCAGAGCUAAUUUCCUCUAUCGCAAUGUUGUUUUGUUUUGUUUUGUUUUUUAGAAUCAAUACACGAUGGCCGAAUACAAUGGAGCAGUGGACGUUAUCCGUAAAACGUUCAGGUGAGAUGAGGGACUCGCUGCGUCGAUUUUCUUUUUUGUUGAAAGGAGUUUUUGAAAGUGAAAUUUUCCAGCGCACCACGAUUUAUACCUUAAACAGUCGCCUUCUGACGUAGCUUUUUUGUCGACUUUCUAGAUACGAAGGAGUGAGAGGAUUUUAUAAAGGAUUGGUUCCUAAUGUUCUCAGGUGAGAUCCCCAACAAAAGAACUCCUCGGUUUUAACCUGUCUGGAUGACAGUGAGUAAUUGGCAGGCCCUAGUUAUUCAAAAGGUAGCUAACGCUAUCCACUGCAUAAAUCACUAUCCAGCGGAUAACGCAGUUGGUAUCCAUAAUACGUAUCCACACUGGAUGGUGAUUUAUCCGGUGGAUUGCGCUAUAGUACAUUUAAUCAACCGGGGCCAGAACUGUAAUGUAGAUGUCGCGGAUAUAAGCUUGGUCUUCACACGUGAAAGAUCAGUGCAGUUGUUAACGCAACUGUGCGUGAAAAAGCCAAAAAAACAAACAAACAAACAAACAAACCCGGAAGGUAGCAUACGGCGACGUCUCUGGCUGGCUCUAUUGGUCCAUUCAUAAGCUUACUGUUAUCCUCCCACCCCGUACUAUGUAUGAUUAGUAAAACAAAACAGGCAGUAGACCACCCCACCUGGGAAACAUUUCCUAUUCUUUUUCAACAAUAGUGGCAGUUAGUUGUUUUACAACACUAUGCGAAAGUAAUGAUAUCAAAGUUCUCCGAAUUUCGUCAAAAUUCACGAAUUUCGAGAGGGAGUAUCGGUAAAAUUACGGUGCAUCUAUUGUCGGCGAAAUUUCGCGCAAUGAGACGAAAUGGGACGAAAAUUCGGCUCAAAACGAAGGUUCGUCCACUUUUGAUGAACUAUUAAUGAGAGGAAGGAUGAAGGAAGUAAGGCCAAAGGAUUAGAAAAUAAUUAAUAAUGAUAAUAAUUUAAGAAUGUAUAGCGCGCAGAUAUCUAUGUGACUAUAAUCAUUAUGAUCCGCGAUAUUAUGAUUGCCUUUUCCGAUUUUUAACACCACUUCCCGAUCGUCUGGUCUGAGGCAAGGUCUUAAACAGACAGCGGUGUGGUAUUUUCUUUUGAUUGUAAUGAACUCUGUGACCGGCCGGGAUUUACACCCGGUCCUCCAACAUGCCGCAUACCAACUGCUUUAUUUGCCUGAAAUAAGGCUCAUACGAGAAACAGACUAACCAACCAACACACAAAAAUAGGCAUGGGAAGUUGAAGUGAUAACAGAAAAUGAUAACUGUAGUUUGACCUGUUUAUAAUGGUCACACUCGCCCGGUACUUAAGAGACUUGCCGCCUAAUGAAGGUUGCCGCUGAAAAAAAAAUCGCAAAAAUUACCCACUAGGUGUGGCCGUCGAAACGCAACUUUUGAUAGUCUUCAUAGAAGAACACUUCAUUCAAUUCUUCAUUCUAUCAAACUAUAAAGCAAUUAACGUCCUUUCAGGCGAACUAUACCGGGGCGACCCUGAUCUGUAUUGAUCUUUCACUUUCUAUUCUUUCAACAAAGUUGCUGACUUGUAACCGUAACGGGGAAUAAACUCACCGUUAUGAUAAAGCACUAUCCGUUAUCCUGCCGGCCAACCAGACAGUGUUUGCGAGCCCUGACGCUAACACCGAAAUGUCUCAUUCCUUCCUUUUCUUACAUUUACGGGUGGACGCUAGUUAAUACAGGCAAAACUAAAAAGAAAGGCAAAACAUGGGCUGUAAAGGGGUAGCUGAGUUCGCUUAAUUAAGGUGGCCACUUGUUAAAGAUGACCAUUACAAUGUUUGUACUGUAUGCAGGGAAGUUCGGAGCUUUGAAAACAACUCGCUAAUGCAGUUAAAACGAGCAACUAGACAAUGAAACGUAUAGGAAAGGCAAAUGAAAAAACAAACAAACAUAGUAAAAGGCACGAGACAAACGUUGUUUGUGAUUACGUUUGUUUGUUUUUGUUUUUACAGAGUGACUCCAGCGUGUGCUCUGACAUUCGUGGUAUAUGAAAACGUCAUCCAUUUUCUUAUGCCGCCCAGCUAA